CAGAAAAUGGAAAUAGUAUAAUAUUUCUCUGAUGACAUGUAUAUAUUUAAAAAUGUAGAUAAUUCCAACACGAAUAUGUUACCAUGCAAGCUAUAUAAAGCCGUAUGCUCUAGAUUUAGCAUUCAAUCACUAUCCGUUGAGUAUUGUAGACGUUUGUUGUAAUUGUGAACACAGUUCGAUUCAUUUGAUGUCAGAGUUCUGAUCUGAUAGAUUCUACUUUGAAUGAAACAGACAUCCGAAAUAGAGACGAUCUAAUAUAAAGUUACUUCCGAUUAUUUCUAAAACUCUAUUGAAUAUCAAAAGAACUGAUUACUAAGCUGGCUGCAUACGUAUUUGGAAAAUCAUGGCUAAUGGAUUCUGCACAAGAGGACUUUUACUUUUCCUUAUUUAUAUAGAUCCAUUCAAAUCUACAGCAUCAUACAGUUCAAGUGACGCUACUAAUCUUCAUGCCAUGUUAUUUAACCAAUCUAGCUACAAUAAAAAUGUCAUACCAAAUGACACUUUAAGAAUAAAAGUAAGAUACAACUUACAAUACGUCAAUUCAUUGGAUAUAAAGACACAGACAUUGUCGACAACAGGAAUUUUCACAGUGGAAUGGUAUGACGACCGUUUGAAAUGGUCAAGAGGUUAUGAAAACAUACCACACAUAUAUGUGCCAGAAGACCAAGUUUGGCUUCCCGACUUGUUUGUGCUUAAUUCAAUACACGAAUCAGGGAAUAGUCUUGGUGCUGACAGACCAGUCAUGAUAUCGAAAAGCGGGAAACUAGUCUGGAAUCCAAUUGCAAUGCUGUCCACGUCAUGUUUCACGAUUGUUGUUCUUUUCCCAUUUGACUCACAAUAUUGCAAAAUAGAAUUAGCAACUAUACCUAUCCAGUCUUACGGUAUGUUCCUAGACUUCUUACCCCAGCCAGUAAAUCUAGCAAUAUACAAAAAGCAGGGAGAUUGGGAGGUUGAAGAGCAUCUCCAUUUCGAAUCCUGGCUAGAGCUAGAGGAAGGGUGGAUUCCACAGCUUAUGUUCGGAUUAUUUUUAAAAAGGAGGUUUCCUGGUCAUUACAUAAUGAUCGUUAUGUUUCCGACUAUUCUUACUGCACUAUUAACAUUUGUUACAUUUUUUCUACCGAUUAAAUCCGGAGCCAGGAUUGGAUAUAUCCUUACAGUGGUACUUGCCUUAGUAUUUUUGUUGACAUUAUUUGCAGACGCAAUGCCUUCGUCUACAGAAUAUCCUUCAGUUCUAGUUGCAGUAUUUUCGGUAACAUUAGGAAUGGCCUUUCUUUUGAUUAUUAUAACGAUAUUUGUCAAGAGUCUUUACAAUAAACCGAAACACAUCAUUUCACCAAACUGGAUGCAUGCAUUGGUAAGGAAACUGCGGAAGUUAAAGUGCAAAGCCAGAAAAGUAAAUUCGCUUGAACAACACCGGGCUAUAGAAGAUGGCCGAUCAACGGCAGUAAAAGACAACGUUAAGAAUACUUCGCCACUUAAACCAUACAGCAACAAGGAGCUAGCAGAAUUCUUUGAUUGUUUACUGUUUGUUGUAUAUACGGUUUUAUAUAUUUUGAUUCUUUUUAUAAUUAUCCCAAUAUUAGCGGUAGUAUGGUAUUUUAAAGCUCCUUAUGAGAAAUAGGGGUUGUCACCACACACUUUUUUUAUUACUUUGAUAGUAGUUUAUUUUGAUUUUUUUUAUUGAUUUUUUUUUUAGCUUCACAGAUUACUCUUAUGUAUACGAAACGCUCUGGCGCAAAUACACUAUUCUUGUAUCUAUGAUGAGUUUAGUUACGUAAAACAAAAUACAAACAUAGUGUUGAUUAUUCCUCUAUGAUGAAUGGAUAUAAACAAAACAUUUUAGCUAUCAUAAAAGAUAUAAAAUCGCCAUCAAAAUUAUGAAAAAAAAAUAUAAUAAAGUACUAGACUUACAUUUGAUGAAUUCAGUUGAGGAUUUUUUUCAAAUAUUUAAGCCUAGUCAAUCACUAUAGAAACAUGUAUUGCCGGAGUGUGCUACGUGUGCAUUUACUUUCUUGUCUUCAAUGCAUUUUAUAUCGUACUAUAUGGAAAAAAAUUCAGUAUUUUUACAAGCUAUACUGUGCAUUCGAACUAGUUUUUAUGAACAUUAGUGUCAUUCACUUCUUAUGACCAUGUUGUAUUAAGGUAGCACAAUACAAAGAUUUUAUAACUCCAACUACCAGUUUUAAAAUGCUGUAACUUUCUUAAUAAUGCUUGAAAAUUUAUAAAAGUGGUAGUUUUGGAUAGCUUACAGAUUACUUUUUCAAAAUAAUGCAAUGUUAGCAUUAUGCAACAAUUAUGUAAUCAAUUAUAAUGUUAACGGUGUCUACAAUAUUUUUCACCAAAUUUCCACUUUCAAAUGAAAUUAGCUUCUGCAUAGGUAUCCCUGGAGGCCUGAUUUUAUUAUAUGUUGUUCCUAUGGCCAUUAUGGAGAUUUAUGAGAGAAUAGAAUAAUAUAGAGAGAAUCUGAGACACCCUUUUGAAUUGUUGAUUAAGAUUUCGUUAAAGUUUUCUGUAUAGUUAAAGAGAUGAAAGAGCUAAAUUUUUUCAAGUGACCUUACCCAGAUUUUGCCACUUAUUACAUAAUAAUUGAUUACAUAAUGAUUGCAUAAUAAAAAUAUUACAUUCAUUUAAAAGAUUAAUCUUUUAUCUAUCUAUAUGUACCUCUUUUAUUAUUUUCUAUGCAUUCAUAAGAAAGUUACAGCAUUUCAAAUGUUAGUGAUUUGAAGUAAAAAUAUAUUUGUAUUGUGCUACCUUAAAUGUCAAAAUAAAUUGACCAGGACAAGCUUGUAGGCACAGUUUAUAAAAUCGCUGCGAAUAUCGAAUGGUUUAAUAUAUAUAUAUAUAUAUAUUGUGUUUAUGUUGUUGUGAUAUAUCUA